UGUCACCCACUCGCGAUUUCCAGGCUGUAUAAGAAACGGCUUGCCCACGCAGUCAGACCUCGUUACCACCUUGGCAGUAGCCACCAAGCCCAUAGCGAAUCCAGUUUCAUCAAAGUUGUAGAUAUCUUCAUCUGUAAUUCCGUUCUCUGA